AUGGACACAGAGCUGGACAGGCUCUCCUCUGGCAGUCACUGGCUCAACUUCUCCGUGUACCUGUUCAUCUUCCUGGUGGGGCUGCCCCUCAACCUGCUGUCCCUGAUGGUUUUCGUGGGCAAGCUGCGGCGCCGCCCGGUGGCUGUGGACGUUCUCCUGCUCAACCUGACCAUCUCGGACCUGCUCCUGCUGCUCUUUCUGCCCUUCCGCAUGGUGGAGGCAGCCAGUGGUAUGUUCUGGCUUCUGCCCUUCAUCUUCUGCCCUUUAUCUGGCUUCCUGUUCUUCACCACCAUCUAUCUCACUUCCCUCUUCCUGGCCGCUGUGAGCGUGGAGCGCUUCCUGAGCGUGGCCUACCCACUAUGGUACAAGACCCGGCCCCGGCCUGGACAGGCCAGCCUGGUCAGCAUGGCCUGCUGGCUCCUGGCAGGCGCCCACUGCAGCAUCGUCUACAUCACCGAGUACUCGGGGAACUACUCCCAGACUGUCAAUAUGACCUGCUACCAGGAGUUCCAGCAGGAGCAGCUGGACAUUCUCCUCCCUGUCCGGCUGGAGAUGGCGGUGGUCCUUUUUGGGAUACCCCUGCUCAUCACCAUCUACUGCUACAGCCGCCUGGUGCGCGCCCUCAGCCGGGGAGCCAGCCAGCACCGGCAGAAGAGGGUGGUGGGGCUGGUAACCGCCACGCUGCUCAACUUUCUCGUCUGCUUCGGGCCCUACAACAUCUCCCACGUCGUGGGCUUCAUCCAGGGCAAGAGCCCGACGUGGAGGAAAUACGUGCUGCUCCUCAGCUGCCUGAACUCCUGUGUCGACCCUCUGGUCUACUACUUCUCGUCAUCUGGGUUCCAAUCCGACUUUCACCAGCUGCUGGGGAAGCUGACCGGGUGCUGCGGCCCGUGCAGGCGGAAGGGCAGCGUGAAGCUGAAGUCUGAGGGAGAGGGGCGGAUGCAGGGUCUGUCCCAUGAGGACAGACCCCAGGAGAACAGCUGGGCGGGUGACCAGACCGGGGUGCCCAGCUCAAGCCCGGCAGAACUUUAG